GUGCGGUUGGUCGGUUCUGCCAGCAGGGGGGUAGAGGAGCAGCUGUAGCCGCGGACGGAGAGGACAGUUUGCAGACGGAGAACAUCUGGAUACCGUCAUUUUAAGGCUUUCACCUGGUUAACAGAAAAUACCUGGUCUCCAUGGCAACGAGCCGGUUGGUAGAGGUGUAUCUGGACUUGCUGUCGCAGCCUUGCAGAGCCGUCCACAUCCUGCUGACCUGCACCAAGAUCCCGCACACGGUCCACAGCGUGGCUCUGAGAAAAGGAGAACACAGAACCGCAGAGUUCACCAAGCUGAACCCCAUGCAGAAGGUUCCUGUCAUGGUGGACAACGGCUUCGUCCUCACAGAGAGUGACGCCAUCCUGAAGUACCUGGCCACAAACCACAAUGUCCCUGAGCACUGGUAUCCAUGGCUACCAGAGCGACGAGCCCGCGUGGACGAGUACACCGCCUGGCAUCACACCAACACCAGACCGCACGCUGCUAAGGUUUUUAUGCUGGAGGUGCUGCUCCCUGCCCAGUUUGGUGCUCAGGUGGACCAGGACCGUCUGGAGCGUGCGCUGUUGGAGCUGGACGCCACGCUGGAUAAGCUGGAGUCCAUGUUCCUCCGCCGGCAGCCAUUCCUCUGCGGCGAUGACAUCACUGUGGCAGACCUGCUCGCCAUCUGUGAGCUCAUGCAGCCUCUGGGAAGUGGGCGGGACAUCUUGAAGGACCGCCCUCAGCUGCAGCGUUGGAGGAGCCGCGUCCAAUCUGCCCUUGGCGAGUCGUUCGAUGAAGCUCAUGCCGUGCUGUUCGCAGUCAGAGACCGCUGGCGGGCAAGACUGUGACAUCAGCGAGAGGGCGGAGCCUCUUCAUCAUGAGCAUCAGAGAUAGAAACAGCCAAGAUGACUCCCUGACUGAGUUUUAUUAAAUUUGAAUAAUCUGACACUAACAAUAGAACGCUGGUCUCUGAUUGGUCGGGGUGUUUGACUCAUAAAAUCAUUUGAAUCCAACUGUGAGCACUUUAACACUUUGUAAUGAAGAUGAAAUAAAACCGAUUUAUUUUCUGUG